GCCCCGAGGAGCCGCGCUCCGUGCGCUGAGGCCGCGUGGGCCGCGAUCGGAGCGCGGCGGGGAAGCGGCCCGGGGCCGGGGCCUGGGACUCGGGCCUGCGGCCUCCCCUCGCCGUGCAGAGCGGCUCUUCUCUCGGGGUCCCGGUUCGGGACCGGCAGAGCGGCCAUCUCUUCGGCGGGACGGGAAGGUGCCGGGACCGCGCUGUGGUGGGAGCAGUGCAAGAGGUGAUCCCAAACCCGAUGGCCGAGCGCGUUCCUUUUGGCCGAACGGCGGAUCCGCGUCUGUUCUGUAUCCGUGGGACAAGAAGAUGGCUGGGUCGACCUUCCGAGGACUGUGAGGGGUGUUUGUUUCUUUAGGACAAGUUCCCUUCACUGGAAGCUUACGGCUCUAGUGAAACUUGUGCCUUUCACCUGUGAUCAUCCCUGACAUAUUACCUGCAGGAGAGCAAGAAAUGGCCGCAGUACAUCCAUCUCAGCCUCCAAACCCGUGGUGAAUUCCCUGCUUGAGGAAGGGGAAGGGUCCUGGAUCCCAGGUGUGCCUGGCCUGGAGGACGUGGCGGGAGACCUCAGCCCAGCAGGUGAUAGGAUGACAACUACAGAGGAGGUGCUGCAGAAGUGCGAUGUGACUGAAUGGCAGUGGGGCAGUGCCUCGGUGGGAAAAGCCAGAAGGGAUGUCCCAGGGGGCCUGGAGCAAGGAGAGCACUUGAAGAAGCAUCAGGGAAACCCUCCGGGAGAGACUGUGAGGAACCCCCUGGACUUCAGCACAGGUCAAAAGCAGCCUGAAGACGCAAGGAGCAAGGAAGUGUGCCAGGAGGAAAGACAGAACCCAAGUGAUGAGUGUGCGAACAGCCUUAAAAGGAAUUCUGGCCUUGUUAACUGCCAGCGUACCCACAUAGCAGACAUACGAUUUAAAUGCCUUGAGUGUGAAAAGAGGAACGUAAAAAGUUGCAACUUGCUCAUGCGCCAGCAGGACCACACGGGAGAGAGACCCUUUAAGUGUCCUGAGUGUGGGAAGAGCUUCAGAAGCAGUUCGAACCUCCUCCGCCACCAGCGCAUCCACACGGGAGAGAGACCUUUUAAGUGCUCUGAGUGUGGGAAGAGCUUCAGAAGCAGCUCCGACCUCAUUGUCCACCAUCGCAUCCACACGGGGGAGAGACCUUUUAAGUGUCCAGAGUGUGCAAAGAGCUUCAAAAGCAAUUCUCACCUCACCUCCCACCAGCGCAUCCAUACAGGAGAGAGACCCUUUAAGUGCCAAGAAUGUGAGAAGAGCUUCAAAUGCAGUUCCCACCUCAUCCACCACCAGCACGUCCACACAGGAGAGAGACCCUUUAAGUGCCCUGAGUGUGGGAAGAGCUUCAGUAGCAGUUCGAAUCUCAGUGACCACCAGCGCAUCCACACAGGGGAGAGACGCUUUAAGUGCCCGGAGUGUGGGAAGAGGUUCAGCAGCAGUUCCAACGUGAUUAUCCACCAGCGCAUCCACACAGGAGAGAGACCCUUCAAGUGCCCUGAGUGCGGGAAGAGCUUCAAAAGCAGUUCCACCCUCAUCAACCACCAGCGCAUCCACACGGAGGAGAGACCCUUUGAGUGCUCUGAGUGUGGAAAGAGCUUCAAAAGCAGUUCUGACCUCAUUGUCCACCUGCGCGUCCACACAGGAUAUAAACCAUACAAGUGCCCAGAGUGUGGGAAGAGCUUCAAAAGAAGUUCUGAAUUGAAGUGCCACCAGCGUAUCCACACGGAGGAGAGACCCUUUGAGUGCUCUGAGUGUGGGAAGAGCUUCAGCAGCAGUUCCAGCUUCAGCUACCACCAGCGCGUCCACACAGGAGAGAGACCCUACCAGUGCUGUGAGUGUGGAAAGAGCUUCAAAACCUCUUCCUACCUGAUUGUCCACCAGCGAAUCCACACAGGAGAGAGACCCUACCAGUGCUGUGAGUGUGGGAAGAGCUUUAGCAGCAGUUCUAAACUCAAUUCCCACAAGCACAUCCACAGAGGAGACAGUCCACAAUAGUGCCCCGAGUUGGUGCGGAGCUUCACUUUCAGUUCCUGCCUCCUUAGCUACCCGCACACCCUCGCAGGAGACAGAGCCUGCGAGUGCCCCAGAGAGCGUACUCCUUCUCCUGACGGGUAAUGUGGUGCAGCCGGCAGGGAGCGCUCCCUGGAAACAAGAUGUGUUCCAGCGUGUGUUAACUGGGAGCUACACUGUGAGCCCAGCAGGGAAGGGUGCGUGUGGCUGAGAGCAGGGAAAUACAAACCCCGUCCGUGUUUGGGUACCCGACCUCGGUUGCAGGACAGAUCCAACCCCUCCUGUUCAUCUCCUUACUCUGGUUAUCACUGAUGAAAAUUCCCUUUUGGAGAAUUGCUGUUUGGUGGCAUCUCACUGCUGCUACCAAGUCAAGUUACAACAGCUGUAACACAGGGUGCUGGUCACUUUUUAAGAGCCAUCUCUUAAGAGCACCAGAGAAGGCAUUUUCAAACAGUUGGGAGUCAGGAAGCAGGGCCGAAGUCCAGCUCAUCUGAGCAGCUUUUCUACUUGUGUUUAGGUGGAAAGGAAGGUGAAUGGACACUGGCAGCCAGAUCAGGCCACAUGGGGGAGCUACAGAAAUGCUGUCUGCCAUUCUGAGGGGAGCGUCGAUGCUGUCAAAGCUCAGUUGAGCUGAAGCUGGCCAGUAACGUGGGGGACAACUGAAACAUUUUUCGUGUGACCAGCAAAAGGAGGACCAUAGAUGACAUCGCUUCCUUACUGGAUGAGGUUGAUCACCUCAUAAAUCGGGACAUAGAACAAGCAGAGUCACACAGUGCAUUAUUUUUUCACGUCUGUCUUGAACACGGUAGAUGGGUGGUGGGACGCCUGGAGCUCUGGGUUCAGGCCCAUGAGUGCACUGAUGAAAAACUCCCAGUGGGCUGUGGACGUGGGUGGGAUUUGCUGCUCCAGUUGCAUGCGUGUAGAUCUAUGGCCCAUGGGGUUUAUCCAGGGAUCUUGGGAAUUGCAAGAUGUCCCAGCUGACUGGAAGCUGGCAAACAUCUGAGUUUCCAGGCAGGACAAGAAGGAAGACCUUGUCAAUUCCAGGCCUGCCAGUCUCCCUUUGGUGCCUGGCAAAAUCACAGAGGUGGUCAUUGUGAGAGUUACUGAAAAACGCUUCAAAGACAGCACAGUCGUCGUUGUCAGUACAGGUUAGGGCUGACUUUCUGGAAAGGAGCUUUGAGAAGGACCUGGAUAAUCCUGGGGUGCAUUAAAUGAGUGUGGCCAUCAGGUUGAGGAAGGUGAUCCUCCCCUUCUGCUCUGCCCUGGUGAGGCCACAUCUGGACCACUGUGUUCAGUUCUGGGCUCCUCAGCACAUGACAGGCAGGGAACUGCCGGGGAGAGACUAACAGGGGUCUGCAGAGGUGAUUGAGGCCGGGAGGAACCCCGUUGCGAGGAAGAAGAGCAACAGGGUUGGGGGAAUCAGACAUUUCCUGGAGCGGUGAGCAUGGGGUGCCCUGAUACACUGUGAGAUGAGGUCAGUGUGGUCAUAGCCAUCAGCACACCCUCCACUGCCCCAUUCACUGCUCACCUUCUGUACUGCACAGGGAGUAGAAGGGCCACAGUGCCAGGCAGACGAGCCCCAACACCAAGACCGAGACCUCCCCGCCCAUCAGCAGCUUUGUCUGAGUUUCAGCUGGGAUUGAACUGUUUUCUUCAGUGUGUCUGGUAUGACCUUAUGUUUUGGUUCCAGGGGAAAAACAAUGUUGCUAACGUUUGCAGUUGCUGCUCAGCAGUGCUGUCCAGAGCCAAGGCCAUUUGCAGCAAAGGACCCAGGCAUUUGGGACGGAAGAGAACUAGGACAGCUGACUGAAAGUGGCCAAAGGCAUAUUCCGUGGCAUGUGACAUCAAGCAGGAGGAUUUUUGAAGGGGGUUGGAGUUCAUUUUGCUCAGUCCCGCUGCUUGGAGGGCUAGCUGGGCGUUGCCCUGGGAGCGUUGAGCAAUUGCUUUCGCAUCACUUGUUAAAUACAUUUCUAUAGAGAGAUAUAUAUUUGUCCUGAUGAUUAUCCUUUUCCUUUCCUCUGUCUUAGUAAAUAUUUUUCUCUCAA